AUGAGUGAUAUCAAUGAAUCGAUAAAUAAAUCAACAUCAGAACAGGAUGAAAGUGAGGAAUCGUUGUGUGAUGAUGCUAAGCAGUUACUCGCUAGAAAGAUUACUCAGUUUCCUUCACGUACACCGUUUAUGACACACAGUGAUGGAGCUUUGCAGUCAACAAGUAAUGUGGUUUCAACUGGGCGCAGUACGACAUUCAGCACUCCUGUGCUUGCUUUAUCUACGAACAGUUCAACGAUACGUCGUCAAUAUGUUGAUAUCCAAGCCAAAAUCGAUGAGAAUAAGGACUUGAAAGCUAAGGUUUUCGAACUGCAGAAAGAAGUUUUCCUAAUGAAGCGAGAAUUGCCAAUAAUAAAGGAUCAGGAUGGAAAUGAUUUCACAGCUGAGUAUUUGGAAUGUCGUAAUAAGUUGUUCAAUGAAGAGACGCGUCGAAUGGAAGCAGAAGAAGAAUUACGAUUGAUGAAACUGAAUAUGGAUGAGUUGAAGAGAAUACAUGAAAGGCAAAGAGAUGAGUGGUUGUCACGAAACGAAAGACUCGUCGAAGAGAGGGAUGCGUUGAAUGAAGACUAUCUCGUUCAACAAAACGAAUUGCGUUCAAACAUACAACAAAUCAGUCAACUGACCGCACAACUCAAUAAUCUCAAUGGACAAUUGAUCAAUGAUGAUGGUACCGAAAGUCAAGCAGAUACAUCGCUGAGCAAUAUGUCGAUUUUGUCCCAUCGUGACAGGAUGAUUGAGGAUCUAAAAGGAACCAUUCUUGAGAUGACCGUUAAGGAGGAGCAAAUGAAGGGUCUAAUGGAUUCACUAAACGUGGAAAUAGGAAAGCGAAACGAACAGUUGAAUGAGCAGCUGAAGGCACUGGAUGAGGAACGUGCAAAGAACAUUCAAUCGAAACAAAUGAUAGCUCGUUUGGAACAACAGUUGAAAGAAACACAAAACGCUCACGACCUUCUGAAAGAAGAAUUGAUGAAUACGAAAAAAAAAUCCGAUGUGGAAAUGGAUAAAUUGCGUCAAUGUCUUGAGAGGCGGGAUAAAGCGAUUAAUGCAUUGUUAAGGAAACAACCAUCUGAGAUGAGUUCUUCGUUGAAUGAAAUACCGCGAGAGACAUUCACAUCGUUCGCGUCCGAACACAUUACCGAUGAUAAUCCGGUUGUGCAGAAGUUGCUCGAAAAAUUAGCUGGAAUUUCGAAAGUGAACAACGAGUUAAAAAAUGAAGUUCGAGAGUUGAAGAAGGCAGGUGCAUUCGAUCAGGAACUUGAUACGAGUGAAUUGAUCGUUUCAUCUGAUGAUGAUGAUGAUGAAAGCUCUGUUUGGGACGUUGAUCGCAUGCUUCUUGAGAAUAAGAAACUUGCUGCUGACUUAUCGAAAUUCGGCUACGGUGACAAGGAUCCGAAAUGUCAACGAUCGGAUCUUUCGACAGUGACGGAUCUGUACAGUCAUUCGAUAACUGCGCUGGAUAAUCUGGAUUCAUUGAAGAAGAAAGUUUUAUUGUUGAGACGAAUCUCACUGCGUUUAUUCGAAAAACUUCGUGGAUCAGCCACUUUUCUUCAGUCGCUGUUGGAUGAAUUUGGUCAGGGUGAAAGAGGGCGUUCGUUCUUCAAAGAGAUUGAAGCGAUGCGUAUCGAGUUUGGACGGUCUGCAUCAACUAUAAACGAGAUUGUGGACGAUAUUGAAGUUACUGAAAAUAGUAUAGUUGGAUUCAAAGCUCAGCUCGAACGUUCGAUGAAUUGUACAAUGGCGAAUGGGUCAAAGAUCAUUGAUGAUUUCGGCAAAAGUGCUUCAGAGCACAACGUUGGCAGUAUCGACAAUCAGCAGAAAAUAUCGCAAUUGGAAUCUGAAUUAAUGGAUACGAAAACGAAAUUGGCCGAGAGAGAAGAUGCGCACACAACGAUUCAGUCGCAACGUCUCGUACUUCAUGAUAAGAAUGAGGAGAUUAAACGGUUGAGCGAUGCGUUACGCGCUCGAGACGAUGAAAUCAGUCAUUGCAAAAUGGUUUGUUCGUCGAUGAAAUUGAAAACGCAUGGAUUAUUGGAUUCGAUGCGGGAUUUACUUCAAACGAGCCCCACUAAUGAGUUAAGAAAGGGAAGUGCGUCAGAUCAGAGUCACAAUUUAGAUGCUAAUACGUCUUCAUCAAGCCAUCACCAGCUUUCCUCACAGAUUGCACAAAUCGACGCUGAUAUUAACGCAGUGAGCGCAGAUUUGAAACGUAUUCAGAAUGCAUUCAAAGACUGUGAAAAGGAGCGUGAAUUGGCUGCGAAUGAAUGUGAACGUCUAUCAGAGCAAAUGACAACACUGCAGAUUGAAACAGCUGAAUAUAAAAGAGUGUAUGAUGAUGUGGCUCAACGAAAAGCACAAGCAAAGGCGAUUGGUACACAGAGCGAUUUGAAUCAGCAAGAUGUGAGCAACGCUGAAAUUGAGGAAAUGGAACAAAUCACAACUGAAUUGAUCAAAUUACGACUCAAAAACGAGACGGCCGAAAAGAAUUUGCAGUUGAUGUGUCAAGCCAUCAACAGAUUGCAAAAGGGGGUGAACGAACCGAAUGAUGCAAUUGCACAAAAUGUGCGCAAACUGAAUGUGAGUACGAUGACUUUGUUGGGUGGUAACGAGUUAGUCGAUAUGCAAGGCAGAUUAACGGACUACGCAUCAUUUGCGAACAAGAUGUAUACGUUGAUUGGAAAAUGGACUGCGAAAGAGAGUUGCAGUUUUUCGAAAACAUCAUUUACCGCUGCGGAUCUUGAGCGCAUGUAUCAGAAGAUGGUACGAAUCCAGAAAAUAAGUGAUGAUGAGAUUCUUUCAUUAAAAACGCAAAUUGAACGAGUUGAAGCGACUCGUGACCGUUCUUCAUGCGAUUUCAAUACUUCGGCGAAUGCUCGUAGACUGGAAGUGCUCCGUUCAGAGAUGACGAUCAACGAGGUUAAUGACAUGUAUCGUUCAUCACAUUCCAUUGUUGAACUAAUCAAAGAUAUGCUUACCUCAACUGCUACCAAACAUAGCUGUACAUUUGGAAGUGGUAAACAACAGUUUGACGAGAAUUCUAACGAAAACAAUUUGAAGGAAGAGGAUGUGAAUGACGCCCUGCAGAAAGCAAGAACGAUCCGUUCGCAGUUGGCCACUCUGUGCAGUCGUCUUACGCAAUAUGAAAAGGCCAAAGAGAAUUUCGAUCCAUUUGACUCGGUAUUAAUGUUUGCGCAAAUUGAUACGUUAAAAUCGGAGAAUGUGAAGUUGCAAUUAAUGUUGAGUGAUGCGCAAUCGAUGCUGAUGAGUUCACAUGAAAAACUUCGAUCACAGCCGAAUUCGGGUGCGAUGUGUGACGCAAUCGCUAGGGAGUUGGGCAAAAUCAAUCGAGCGAUGAAGUCGAUCACUCGCGACGUCAGCAAAUACCGUAAGAUGAAACAUGGAACAGCUACGAGAGCACGCACCGAAUCAUCUUGA